AUAAGAUCCAAAUACAUGAAAUGUUUUAACUAUUAUUUUACAUUUGAAAUGAGCGAUUAAUAUAUUAUUAAUUUUUAUUUAUUUAAAUAUAGUAGUAAUUAGAAAAUUUUCAAUAAAGUCUUUUGUAUAAAAUAAUUUUUAAUAUGUACAAGUUUUCACUUUCUAAUAUAAUUUCAUCAAUACGUUCACUUAGUCAUAUUCAAAUACGUCAUGCAUCUAAGAAAUCUGGUACAAGUACAGCUAAUACAGGAGGUCGCGUUCGACCAAAACAUAGAGGAAUAAGGUAUAAUGAAGGAUGUCACGUUCAUGCAGGAACUAUGUUGGUAUUACAGAGGAAUCUAAGAUUUCAUCCAGGAUUACAUGUUGGAUUUGGACGUAAUGGUACAUUAUUUGCAUUGGAAGCUGGUAAAGUUAUUGUAUCAUGUGAAAAAAUUGAUCCAAAGUGGGAUCAUACGUGGAUACAAAGGAUAUAUACUGGAAGAAAAGGACAAACUAUUUAUAAAAAAUUUUUCAAUGUAAUCCCUGAACCACAACAUAAUAGAUUUAAACUUGUUGAUGCCAUUUAAUUUAUAAUUUUUUUAAAUUAAUAUAUAUAUAUAUAUUUAUCAAUUACGUAGAAAAAUGUUUAUAUUUAGGUAAAUAAAAGUUUUUGGUAAAUUA